AUGGAAAACGUUUCUAUUGUAAGAAUGUUCCUUCUCUCAGGGAUAAAUGAGACAAUGAAUUACAGAAUUGCUAUCUUUUCACUCACUUUACUGUAUUACUGUAUGAUUCUGUUUUUCAAUAUCUCUGUCAUCAUGAUUAUUAUUGUGGAUCAAAACAUGCAUGAACCCAUGUACAUUUUAUUGUGUAGUUUUUGCAUGAAUGGUCUUUAUGGGACCACAGGUUUCUACCCCAAGUUCCUCUUUGAUCUGUUUUCUUCCUCUCAACAGAUAUCCUAUGAAUGGUGCCUUUUGCAGGCUUUUGUCAUGUAUUCAUUUGCUUGCUGUGAAUUAUCCAUCCUAGCAGUCAUGGCCUACGACAGAUAUGUGGCUAUAUGUCGACCUCUUCACUACCAGUCUGUCAUGACAAAGAGCAAGGUCUCUCAGCUGAUAUGUUUCUCCUGGUUCACACCUUUCUGCAUCUUUUCCAUCAGUAUCGUUCUGACAUCUACACUGAAGUUAUGCAGUGCAAUAAUUCCAAAACUCUUUUGUGUGAACUGGAUAAUUGUUAAACUCUCUUGCCCUGACACUAACACCGUUUCAAGUAACAUUCUGUCAUAUGCAACAAUUAUCAUUUACAUAUGUCAUGGGUUGUUCACAAUUUGGACUUAUAUGCAUAUGAUUAGAACUUGUGUGAAGUCUAAAGAUGAAAGGGCGAGGUUUAUACAGACGUGUGUGCCUCAUUUAGUCUCUUUAGUCACGUUCAUUGUUAUAGGGUUUUUUGAAUUGAUGUAUAUGCGAUUUGGAUCCACAGAUUUACCUCAGAGCCUUCAGAACUUCAUUGCUAUAGAAUUCCUCCUUAUUCCUCCUGUGAUGAAUCCUCUAGUUUAUGGAUUUAAAUUGACAAAGAUAAGAAACAGAAUUUUAGCUUUGGUGAAUAUUAAAAGAAAAUGA